AGGAACUGAUUGCACAAAAGGGAAAUCCCAACGAUAAUUGAUAGGUACCCAUUGAGGAAAUUGGGGCAGAUACGCAUGCACCAAUUCGGAAAAAUUAAGCUUAAAUAUUGAUGUAGAGGUGGGACCACUCAUUCAAGUACCUACAUUUAUUCCUGAUGGCAUCAGUAAACAAGAUAGAGACUCGUAUCAUCGACAUAGAUGAUGAUUGCGAUUGCAGUGAAAGAGGAAGAGACCAUAAGCAUCGCCAUCACCAUCCAGGACACCAUGACCAUAAUAAACAUCAUCAUGACCAUCACAACCAUCAUGGUCGGCAUCAUCAUGAAGACGACGACAAUAAAACAGCUUGCAUAAAAAGUAUCACGGUUUAUAGUGUAGAGGAAAGGAGGAUGAAGACAAGAAAAGUGAAAGAGGUGAAGUAUGAUAAUCCAUGGUGUUUUCGAAAAUUUUAAUGUAGGUAAAUAAUUCAGCAUAUCUACCAAUUGCAGUUCAAUACAAACAUUCUGUCAGUUCUCCAAAAUCAGUUCAAUAAAGUUGAAUGUUCAUUU